AUGAUUGAAGAUGAUAUUAGUAUCCAAUUCCUAGUGUCAGCACAUGAAGACUUAGACCACCUAACAUUGUACGCAGAAGAGAAUGACAGAGAACCUUUAAUUGCAAUUGAUGUGAAUGGAAAUGUGAUUGUGGAUAAAGGGGAAACUCUCCUGCUUAAGUACAGUGAAGGGAAUACAAGAGAGACAGUAGAGACUGUAAACAUUGAAGAUGAUGCACCAAUGGAUGAAUAUGGGACACAAAUGAAUGAAGAUGAGGCACCACUGAAUGAAGAGGAGGCACUGGAUGAAAAUGAGAGACCAAUGACUGAAGAGGAGGCAACACUGAAUCAAGAGGAGGAAAAUGAGACACCAAUUACUGAAGAUGAGGCAGCACUGAAUCAAGAGCCACUGAAUCAAGAGGAGGCACCAAUGAAUGAAGAAGAGGCAACACUGAAUCAAGAGCCACUGAAUCAAGAGGAGGCACCAAUGAAUGAAGAAGAGGCAACACUGAAUCAAGAGCCACUGAAUCAAGAGGAGGCACCAAUGAAUGAAGAAGAGGCAACACUGAAUGAAGAGGAGGCAUCACUGAAUGAAGAUGAGCCAGUUAAUAAAGAAGAUGCACCAAUAUUUGAAGAUGAUUCUUCAGAUGAAGAUCAUGUUCCAAUCUGA